ACUUCGAGUCAGACCAGCUUACACAGCAGCCAGGCCGCCCAUUAAACAAGACAGGAAAAACCGUGACAGACGCCUGAGAACGUGAUGGAGGCUGCUGGGCUAAUGUGACUAGCUGUACGCUAGAGAACUCCUUCACCUUGUGUGCUCUACCUACAGUCUCAAGUAAUGGAUGACCAAAAACGGAGGACUCUGGUUCUGCAAGGCGACAAGAGCACCUGGAUUACUCCAUCAUGUCUUAACGAGCUCCUUCAGCUGAAAUCCUGCUACCCCUUGGCUCCCCUGGUAGUGGGGAACACAUUUAUUGGUCCUCCAGUUAAUUUAGUUGGAUCAUAUUAUCCAGUUAUAAUAUCUCCAGCAAGAGUCCCUGAGCUGAGCAUUGUGAAUUUUGCAGAGAAAGGUAUCACCAUCGGAGCAGCAUGCAGUCUGGCAAUGGUUCGAUCUAUUUUGUCUGAGGCUGUAUCUCAGUUACCGCAGGAAAAAAGCAAGAUCUUCCGGGUCAUGCUCCAGCAGCUGUCAGCAAAGCACAUAAGAUGUGAAGCAUCCCUUGGGGGAAGCAUUUUAAGUGAAAGUUCUUCUUGGGAACUGAACCCUAUCCUGGCUAUUGGAAACUGCACCUUUAAUCUUGCAUCAAAAGACAAGAGACGUCAAGUAACCUUAAAACAGUUGUUGUUUGAUGAGUCAGCAGCUUUGAGGGCAGAAGAGAUUCUUAUUUCAAUUAAUAUCCCCUUCUCUAAAAAGGGUGAAUUUGUUUCAGCGUUCAGGCAGCUGCAGAAGUGGGGAAGUACAGCUCCAGUUGACAUUGCUGCCAUGAAGGUCAAUUUGAAAGAAGGAACAGACUUAAUUAUAUCCAUAAAUAUUUAUUAUGGAGGAUCAGAAUCAGCCUGUAUUUUUGCAAAAUGUGUCGGUGAACACCUUGUUGGUAGGCACUGGAACGAGACAAUGCUUGAUGAAGCCUGUAAAUUAUUCUUGGAAGAGGUCCCAGUGAAAGAAUCAAAUUUAAUUGGGAUGAUGGAGAAUGAGAAAACCCUGACUAUCAGCUUUUUCUUCAAGUUCUACCUUGAAGUGUCCAAGGAACUGAAGAAGACAAUGCACUUUCUACAUAACGAUGUCCACGACAUUCACUAUGCCAGGUAUGCCUCAAACAGCAAGAAUUCAUUAAAUGGCUUUCAGCAGAGAACUACAAAUGGAUUCCAUGCUGAUCAUAGUGAAGAGUUUAGUAGUCUACACAAGGAUGAAUAUCAGCAGUCAGGAACUUAUAAGACUCAUGUCCUACAAACCAUAGAAGAAGAAGAGUUUGAUGAUGAAGAAGACACAUCUGCUGUGGAGGGAGAACUCUUUCUAGCAUUAGUGACCAGCAACAGACAUCACGCUAAGAUCCUGUCCAUACAUAAAGAAGACGCACUGAAAGUACCUGGAGUGAUUGAUAUUAUAACCUUGGCAGAUGUCCCGGGAAUAAACAACUCUGAUUUGUUUGCAGAACAUGAGGUAAAAUACAUUGGACAAGCUAUAUGUGCUGUAGUAGCAAAAACGCAGAACCACGCCAACCAGGCAGCAUCACGAGUCAGAGUGCAAUAUGAAGAGCUGGAGCCUGUUGUCCUUUCCAUUCAGGAUUCCAUAAAACACAAUUCAUUUUUUGAGCCAGUGAGAACAAUGGAAUAUGGAAAUAUGGAGGACGCUUUUAAAAACGUGGAUCAUAUACUAGAAGGUGAGGACUAUAUAGGAGGACUGGACGAUCUUCACCUGGAAGCCCAGACUGUACGUGUCAUACCCAGAGUAGCAGAAAAUGAGCUGGAGGUGUUCAUAUCUACAAAGGAUCCAGCGUCCGUUCAGGCUGCAGUGGCAUCGGCGCUAAACAUGCCCUCUGAUUGCAUCUUGUGCUGCGUGGAGAAAAGUCAGGACUUACAGCACUCUCAUGCUGCAUCUCAAGCCGCUAUUACAGCAGUGGCUGCUCACAAAAUAGGCCAAGCAGUCAGCUCAGUUAUUGAGCGAAGAGUGAAGCUGCCGGCGUUAAGACCUCAGCCUGCAUUCUUUGGCAAAUACAAGGUGGGGUGUAUGGAUGAUGGAAGAAUCAUAGCACUGGAUGUCGCCUACUACUGCAAUGCUGGUCACAGGCCGGAUGAAUCUUUCAAGGUGCUUACUAUGUCCCUACUGAGUGCACAGAAUGCUUACCGCAUCCCCAACACCCGCUGCAAUGUUGCGGCAUGCAGGACAAACUUACCAGCAAAGUUGUUCUGUGCUGGAUAUGGAUUUUCCCAGGCAGCUAUGCUCGCAGAGAUUUGGAUCGAUGCAGUGGCCGACAGAUGUGGUGUAUCACCUGAAAAGGUACGGCACCUCAAUCUACACAGAGAAAACAGUGAGACACCCUUUAUGCAGGAAUUUGAUGCAACUAACUUGUUGGGGUGCUGGGAUGAGUGUUUGGUGAAGUCUUCAUACCAUCAAAGGAGGAUUGCAGUAAGGGAGAGCAACAAACAGUGCACCUGGAAGAAGAGAGGCUUCGCUAUCAUCCCUGCCAUGCUUCCUGUUGGAUCUAUUUCAGACUUUAUCAAUCAGGCUUCUGUGCUCGUUCAUGUAAGUAAGGAUGGAUGGGUGCUGGUGACUCCGGCUGGAAAUGACAUAGAUCAAGAGACACUGACAAAACUGAUGCAGGUUGCCAGUCGAGAGUUGCGGGUACCAAUAUCAUAUGUCUUUGUCAGUGAAAUCAGCACAUCGGUUACUUCAGAUGCUGCUAGAAUGCCAUCUUCUGGAUCCACAGUCUGCAUAAUGGCAGUACAGGAAGCGUGUCAGAUACUUCUCCAGCGUCUACAACCAAUCAUCAGUCUGAAUCCUGAAGCCACUUGGACAGAAUGUAUACAAGAAGCUUUCCGGCUAAGAAUCUGUCUUUCAGCAGCUGGCCAUUACAGAAUUCCUGAUUCAAUCUCUGAUUGGGGGCCAGAAAAGAGUGUGGAAACACCAGACUUUAUAUUUGGAGCAGCAUGCACUGAAGUGGAGUUAGACUGUCGAUCAGGGAAUCAUAAGAAUAUAAGAACAGAUGUUGUAAUUGAUGUUGGCUCCAGUAUCCAUCAGGCUGUGAACAUUGAACAGAUUAAAUAUGCAUUUAUUAAAGGACUUAAACUGUACACAAAUGAUGACAUAAAAUACAAUCUUCAACCAACCAUGAAUGGUGCCCAUCCCAAUGAAGACGACUCUCCAACCAACAAAAGGGAGCCUGAACAGUUCAAUGUAACUUUGCUUCCAUCAUCUCCAAAUCCAUAUGUGGGAUGUUCUCCUAAGGCAGUGGAAGAGGUGUCAGCCUUUCUGGGUUCUUCUGUGUUUUUUGCUAUUAAGGACGCUGUUUUGGCUGCCAGACAAUGUAUAGGUUUGCCUGGAACUAUCCUACUCCCUGUCCCAGCCCGGCCUCAACACAUUCAAAUGGCUUGUGGCAACCACCUGAUAGAUGCAAAACAGACUCCAGAUAAACAAGAAUGGACUGUGGAUGACCACGUAUUUGAAAAUACCAAUAGUAAUGGGAGCUUUUAAGAGAACUCACAAAAAGACCUAGUUAUGAUAACUAGGUUCAGAGGACUAUAUGCAAACACUACAAUGGGUGGUGGAUUUAUGGACUAACCUUCUGUAGGAAUUUAACAUAUUUGAGCUGCCUAGUAGGUUUUAUCAUGUUUAAAUUUGUUUUUGAAACAAUUUAAGCACAACUUAAAGACAUAAUAUGGACACGUGUGAUAUCAUGUGAAAUGUCUGUCAGGGUGUAAUACUGAUUUUCAUUAGGGGUCUUGUUCACAAUUUGCUAAUUUGUUUUUAUAUAACCUAGAGAGGAGCAACGUUUUUAAAAAUUCGAUUUGGAUGCUUCGCUGAACUUUCACAAGAGAUUUGAUUAGUUACAAAUUACUUGUUCACAAAUUGCUUUCCAUUGUAUGGAGCGGGUGCAAUGACGGGGAACAGCGAUCGCACUGCUCUCCAUUAUUUAACCCCUCAGGUGCCCUGUUCAACAAAAACAAAAGUCCAGGUCCGCGCUUCUAAGGAGAUAGAGUUGGAAACGCCUUGUAGAAGGAAAGCGCAGUUAGUUCGUAUCCCACGCUGAAACUUCCCCACAAGAACACGCCACACUGCCGACCGAAACUUCACAGGGCAGAGGUAACCUUUCAAAAGAUCAGCAACAUAGUGCAGUACCCGUGAAUAUGUCAAAGAAUAAAGGCUUUAUUAUACUCACAAAAAGCACCGCUAGUAAUCAGCAUAUUAAACCAUUUGAAAUAUCGCUGCCUGACCCGGGUUUCGCCCAAAGGCUUCGUCAGGGGCCCUGUUCAACACCUUUUGUGAAGCCUUUCAGGGGUUAAAAAAAAUUAUACUCACCUCAUCCACUUACUCACGAAGAUGCAGUCUGCUUUUUUGUCAGCCAUCAUUUUAGGAAAAAUUGAUUCCUUACUACAAAGUGAGAGGAAAUUCGGCUUUGUGACAAAGCAAAUAUUUCCUGAAAUUCAGAUUGAAGUCCACUUCAGAUAAUUUGAUUCGCUCAACACUAAUGUAACUAAUACAAUGUCAAGUGGCUCCCGUCAUAAUUGAAUAUUAAGAAAUAUAUAUAUAUAUAGAAUAUAUAUAGAUUCCUAGAAUCAAGGGAAGAAGUUCCUAAGUACUCACAGUCACCACAGUUUGCACUAAAAGGAAAAAUAGAGUAUGGAGUCUAUAGUACCUAGCUCCUGAUAUAGACAGAUUUCAACAACUCAGCAUAUUCAUGUUCUUUUCAGUUCAACUGCUUAGGAUGUAGAUGCACACUGCAAGAAGUCCACACUGCACCACAAUCUAUGUGUGGAAAUUAAAGGACAUAGGACAUACUGCCUUUCAAGGAAAAAAUAACACAGAUUUAUUAUACUCAAUUAAAAACAAGCACUUAUCUCAGAAGUUAAAAGCAUGGCAUGCUACUCGUGUGAUAUGUGCUUGGUUUUUAUAUCCUGUAAGAGUCUAAAAGGGUUGUUCCACUACAAUAAUUUAUCCUCUAUCCAAAAUAUAGAGUAUAAGUGCCUGAUCAGUAACACAACAGUUUGAGUUCUCCCAGCUGAAUGGAGCAGUGGGUACACGUGUACUGCCACACCAUUCAAUUCUAUGGGACUGCCAGAGCAAGCCAAGUACAAGAUCUUGGCUAUCUCCGGCAGCCACAUAGAGUUAAAUGGAACAACAGCGGCCAUGUGUUUUUGCUGCUCCAUUCAAACUGGUGAACAUAUGGCCUCAUUCUUGUAAUCAGCAGGGGCCCCAGCAGUUGGACUUCCACCUAUCCACCCCAGCAGUUGCACUUCCUUUAUUAUGUAGAUAUGGGG